AUGAAGGCGUGCAUCUGCAGGGUAUCAAUACCUGCCAGACGUAUAUAUUCGACAUCACGAACAAUACCGUCACCACAACCCCCUCCUCCACCGAACCCAAACAAGCGCGAGUUGAAAGACCUCACGCCUUCCGAUCUCUGCUAUUACUGGGACACGAAACCGCCCAAUGCCGAACAACUAGCCUUCGCGGACAAGCUCUUCAUACCGUCGCGCCAUUCACCACUCAAGCUAUGGUCCGCUAGCAAAUUCCGCACGACUCCAAUGUCGUCCAUUGAGCCCGAAGUCGCAUUCCUGGGCCGCUCCAAUGUCGGCAAGAGCUCGCUGUUGAACGCGAUCAUGGGCCAAGAUAUAUGUUGGACUUCAUCAAAGCCGGGUCGCACGAGGGAGAUGAAUGCUUUUGGUAUCGGAGGUACCAAGGGCGGCGAGCAUAAGGUUGUGCUUUUGGAUAUGCCGGGGUAUGGAAAGGCUAGUCGGUCUGAAUGGGGGAUGGAGAUUAUGAAAUAUCUCCAGGGGCGCAAGCAACUCCGCCGAGCCUUCAUUCUCAUCGACAGCGAACACGGCAUCAAGCAAAACGACGCCUAUAUCCUCGGACUCUUCCGACGCUACGCAAUCCCGCACCAGAUCAUUCUCUCCAAAGUCGACAAAGUGCUCGGCAAGAAGCAAAAGCAGGUCAAAAUAGGCGUGUCGACUAUCGGGAUUCAGCGCCUUCAGGAUAUGCUGCAAGGUCUGCGCGAGCAUGUCCAACCUGACCCUCGUGUUUCAGAGGGGCCCGGUGCCCUGGGAGAGCUUAUUACUUGCAGUGCAGAUAUAACUGUUGGGCCUGGUCGUAUGCUGGGUGUCAAUGCUGUGCGCUGGGCAAUUUUGUCGGCGGCGGGUAUUGACGGGAGCUUGGAGGGCGGGACCCUCGCUUCUGAAAACGUGUCGGCUGCUUCGACUGCGUUGCCCUGA